UUUUUUCAGAAAGCGUUUGUCUUGUCUCCUGAAAAAGAACAGUGAGGAUGUGACAAGCGUCACAGCAGCACAUUAGUUCAGGAGUUUUUUUCUUUGUGAUGUGGGCGUCCUGCUCGACUGUUUUUAUCUGACUCACUGGGUUGUAGAGAUCAUUAGUAACCUGAAGCGUUGUAACUUUCAACAGAAGAAACACUUCUGCAAGCUGAACGUGAUGGAAGAUGGAAAUGAUUCUUCAGAUGGAUCUAAUUGGUGGCAAAGCACCUUCGAUGAGUACUCGCUGGACAACUACACCUAUUACAACGACAACAACACAAAGGACUGUUGUGAGGGGGGUGACGUUUGUGACCUGAAUGAAGCUGUGAAUUUCGAGGCGCUGUUCAUCCCCGUUCUAUGCUCGGUGACAUUCGUCGUGGGAAUCCUGGGAAAUGGAGCGCUGGUUGGCGUUCUCUUCCGGAGCAGGAGGACUUGGAGCGUGGCGGACAUCUUCAUCCUUCAUCUGGGUAUUGCAGAUUUCCUGCUGAUGCUGACCCUGCCUCUCUGGGCUACACAGUCUGCUGACGAAUGGAAAUUUGGUCUUCCAAUCUGCAAAAUGGCUGGAAGUCUUUAUACGGUCAACUUCUACAGUGGGAUCUUUCUCCUGGCCUGCAUUAGUCUGGACCGCUACUUCUCCAUCGUCCAUGCCACCCAGAUGUACUCCCGCAGAAAGCCCUGGAUCGUUCACGCCAGCUGUCUGGUGGUGUGGUAUUUCUCCUUGAUUCUCUCCAUUCCUGAUUGGAUCUUUUUGGAUGUUUUGCCGGAUAGGCUGAACAGACAAAGGUGUUUUCGCAACUAUGCAAAAUUCGGUGUUGAAGACAUGGGCCAAUGGAUUGUGCUGUCUCGAUCCAUCUUUCACGCUGUGGGUUUUUUGAUUCCCUCAGCCGUCCUGAUCUUCUGCUAUUCCAGCAUCUUCUACAGGCUGCGCUCUGGCAACCAAAAUCUCCAAAAGCAGAGAGCUUGUAAAGUCAUCAUGGCCGUCGUGGCGGUUUUCUUCAUCUGCUGGACGCCAUUUAACAUCACUCUGUUCGUGGACACAGUUUACCACAGGAAUCAAAACGACACCUGUCAAAGUAAUGCAGCUCUGGAUAAAGCAAGAGCAGUGACGCAGUCUUUCGGCUACAUCCACUGCAGCCUCAAUCCCAUCCUGUACGCCUUCUUGGGGGUGAAGUUUCGGCGUCAGCUGCUGGACAUCUUGAGAUCUCUGGGCUGCAAGCUGAAGGUGCGCACGAAACUCCACUCUGCCAUCAGCAGCAGGAGAACUUCCAUCUGGUCUGAGUCAGGCGACACAUCCAACUCCAUCGCAAUCUAAUCUAAGAGAGACAGACACUUUAACAAUGAAGAAGAAGUUUCAAACCGACAGGAAGGCAGAGACAACACCUGCACUUCCUUUAGCUUUAGCAGUAAGCAUUGCAGCUUAAGUGAGUCAAACCUGCAACACCUGAUUACAAUAUUUACUGUGAAGAGAUAAUGAGUUAAAUGUUGAAUGAAGCGUUUUGGCAGGAUGAUUAUUUUGAUCUGAUCUGUUGCACACGAUUCUCUCCGUUUGCAUCCGUGUGCAUCGGUGAAGUUCAAAUGUAUUAAAAGUUCAUAUUUGUUUGUACUUUGUGCAGUUUUAGACCUGUUUAAGCUGUUGUUCUCUUUUGUAUUCUAGCACAUAAAGUUACAUACAAACUGUUUUUAUUUGUUUUUUUACUUGUAAACUGUGUCGAAGGCGUUUGUGGCCACGGAAACUUUCCUGAAUAACCGACAUCCUGUUCUGUGUGAAACUAUGCACUUCUGCGACCUGUGGGAGCAAAACAAACCAACUUUAAGCAAAUGUCAUGGAAAAAAAUAUAUCAAUGAAGAAAAACUGAACCACUUGAUGUGUUGGUGUUUCAACUUUAAAGCCAUUUAUGUUCUUGGCAGUUAUCUUGUUUAUCUUCAAGCAUCGACUUGAACAAAAAAUACAUAAAAUCUACUUUAAAGAAGGUUUUCACACAUGCAUUCCAGCAUCUUAAUAAUUUACAGACAAUAUUAAUGAUUAUCAGUGGUGUGUGCCCUUAUUUUUCUGUACUGUUCUAAUUAUAUUGUCUUCUUUGAA